AUGGCUGCCGUCAACUACAUUGAAAUCCCCUUACGUGAUUCAGAUGAGGUCAUUGAAUUAGACCUUAAUCAGCUUCCUCAUGGUAACGAAUCGUUGGCAAUCUUAAGAGAAGAACGGCCCCAAUUGCGUAUAUGGAACAUCCUUGCUCAACAAUACUACAAGCACGGUCAGCAAGAUGCAUUUUUAUCCGUAUUAGAAGCCGCUGUUGAGGAGGCAGUAGUAGACUAUCCUGAUAGUGAUCGAGACUUGAUGACAUCAUUGGAUAGCUUGGCAAAUUAUUUUGUUGAACUAGGCAAGAAAGCUAGUAAUAAAGACCUUACUAGAGAGUUUUUUGGAAAGGCUGCCCUACUGUUUAGUAAAGGCGAUAAAAUCAUCAUGCAUCACGAGGGCCAUCUCGUAAGCCGAGGGUGGUUUUAUUUAGCUGAUGGAAAAUUUGAACAGGCCGAAGCACAGUUUAAUUUCGUUUUAACCCAACUGAAUAAAAAGAACCCACCAGCAUUACUAGGUCGCAAAGCUACUAUACUAUUUAAUAGGAAAGACUACAAUGAAGCUCUAAACCUAUACAAAGAAGUCUUGAGAUUGAAACCAAAGACAUGUCCAGCAAAUGUUCGUCUAGGAAUUGGCCAUUGCUAUGCAAGAUUGAAUAAAUUUGAUUUAGCCAGGUUACAAGCAUUUGAAAGAACAUUACAGCUCGAUCCUAAAUGUGUCGGAGCAAUGGUUGCCUUGGCUGUUUUAGAAUUAAACACAAAAGUGGCUGAUUCCAUCAGAAAUGGAGUCGAUUUAUUAUCACGUGCUUAUACAAUCGAUCAAACAAACGCUAUGGCUUUAAAUCAUCUUGCAAAUCAUUUCUUCUACAAGAAGGAUUAUGAUAAGGUUCAGCAUUUAGCUCUACAUGCUUUCCAUAGUACGAACGUCGAACCUAUCCAAGCCGAAAGCUGCUAUCAACUAGCUAGAGUUUUCCAUUCGAUGCAAGAUUACGAUCAAGCUUUUAAAUAUUAUUAUCAAGCUACUCAAUUUGCCGAUAGUAAUUACGUUUUACCACAUUUUGGUCUAGGCCAAUUAUAUCUUACUCGUAACGAUUCAGCUAAUGCGGCUAGCUCAUUUGAAAAAGUACUUAAAGUCCAGAGUGAUAACUAUGAAAGUAUGAAAAUUUUAGGAUCUAUAUAUGCACGCUCUAAUAACGAAGAAAAGCGAGAAAGAGCUAAAAUUUUAUUACAAAAAGCAACCACUCAACAUCCUGACGACAUAGAAGCUUGGAUUGAAUUAGCAGGUAUACUAGAAGGUUCAGAUAUUCAAGGGGCACUUUCAGCAUAUGGUACAUCUUCACGACUUUUACAAGAGACUCUUGAAACCGAUAUACCUCCAGAAAUAUUAAACAAUGCAGCUGCAUUACACUUCCGGCUAGGUAAUUUUUUAGAAGCUAUGAAAAACUUUAGUGCCGCAUUGGAACGAGCUAAAUUAGAAGCAAACGAAUCAACCGAAGGUUCAUCUUAUUUCAAUACUAUAUCAGUUACUAUAACAUAUAACGUCGCUCGUUUACACGAAGCAUUGUGUGAACAUGAUGAAGCAGAAAAGUUAUAUAAGCAAAUCCUUAAAGAUCAUCCUAAUUAUAUCGAUUGUUAUCUUCGAUUGGGAUGUAUGGCUCGCGAUAAGGGUCACUUUUAUGAAGCUUCAGAUUGGUACACCGAAGCACUUGUUAUAGAAAGGGAGCAUAAAGAUACAUGGUCUUUAAUUGGAAAUUUACACAUGAUGAAGCAAGAAUGGGGUCCGGCCCAGAAAAAGUACGAGCGUAUUUUAAAUCAAAACAAAGACGAUACUUACGGUCUUGUAGCUAUGGGAAAUAUAUGGUUACAGACAUUAUAUCAACCUACAAAGGACCCAGACAAGAAUAGACGUCAUCGCGAUCGCGCGUUGAGUCUAUAUAAGCAGGUAAUUCGACUCGAUCCACGAAAUAUUUAUGCCGCUAAUGGUAUCGGUGCCGUAUUAGCACAGAGUAGUUUUCAUCAAGAAUCUCGAGAAAUUUUUGCUCAGGUCCGCGAAGCUACUGCCGACAUGUUCGACGUAUGGCUAAAUCUCGCUCAUGUUUAUACCGAACAACAGCAGUAUUCAAUAGCGAUCCAAAUGUAUCGAAGCUGUAUUGAGAGAUUCAGCAUGAAUCAAAAUACGGAAGUACUGCUAUAUCUAGCUAGAGCAUACUUUAAGGAUGGUAGAUUACAAAAUUGUAACAGGAUUCUUGUUAAGGCCUUCCAUAUCGCACCGCAAGAAACUUUACUCCUGUUUAACAUUUGCUUAGUCUUGCAAUGUAUGGCAGUCGUAGUGUUGGAGGAUGAGUAUAACCAAGUUGAAGAUAUCAAGGAAGCUAUUGAACAACUCAAAUUAGCUCACAAGUAUUUCACUUUUUUGGGUGAAACGGGAGAUAAAACGAAGUUCGAUCUUGAUCAGGCUACGGCAGAAUCUCGCCACUGUUCGGAUCUAUUAAGUCAAGCUCAGUAUCACGUUACCAGAGCCAGCACGAGGCAGAAAGAAGAGCUGGAAUUAAUCCGAAAAUAUGAAGAAAAUUACCUAGCUUCUAUCGAGAAAAGAAAAACUGAUGAGCUGCACCGUCAAUGUGAAAUGGAAGCGAAGACUCGAGUAAUCAAUGAGCAACGUAAUCAAUAUGUUGAAGCAACCAAGAAGCUGCUGAUUUUUGAAGACAAUAUCGAGAAAGGUUCUGAUCGCCGUUCUACGGUAAUAUAUUCAAAACUUUAUUCAGGAUUGAUUACAGUUUACUAUUUGAUCUUGAAAGCGGUUGUAUGUUACCAAACUAUUUAUCUUUAA